CAAGUGUUGCAUUGCGUACCAAGGCAUCAGAGCGGAGUAUGCAAGCACUCAACCGACCACACACAGCAGUGCUGAGCCAGGGACCGGAGAGCAUGACGCCACCAGAAGGAUCGAACCAGGCCCGAGCUUUGCCUGAGGAAGGGUUCUUUCGACUCGUGAGCCUCGACACAGACAGUGCGGACGACAUCGAGCUAUACAAUCGCAUGAAGAUCGAAGCUGCAGCCGGCCUGCAGCGCUUGUCUCGCUCAGUCGGCAACGAGGAUCCAAGUGAAGAAGCUUUUCGAGCAGAGAUCCUCUUAAUCUACCAGGAUGCCAGCAGCCAGACCAAGUCGGUCUACGAUCGAGGUGCGUUGCGAGUCGACGGCGCUAUGACGGACAAUUGGGUGAUUCGUUGGCUCCUGUGGCAGGCCAUGCAUCAGCCCAACGGGAGGUAGUCCAGAUGGUGAAAGAAGCAGCUUGCAUCUUGCUAAGCAGGGAUCUUGAAGCGGGCAUUAAUGUGGAUGGGGGCGCCCGAAUAAAAUAAGACCGACCCGAAUAAUGAUAAUGAACGCCCUCGUUAUGGCGAAGAA